AUGAUAGAAAAUAAAAGCUAUAAUCAUUUAAAAAAAUUAGAAGAAGAGAAAAAAAAUUUGAAAGGAAAUAAUUUAAAUUUAUUAUUAGGAGAUCUAAAAAUGAUGACAGCUUAUGAAAUGUCUUCAGAAUGGAAAGAUACAAAUAUGAUGAAUGAAUGUUUUAAUAAUUUUUCAUGGUUCGAUUCAAGAAUUCUUAAAAAUAUACAAAAUUAUCUAAAUGCUGAUGAAGUAGAAAGAUCAAAAAUUGAUUAUGCCUAUAAUACUUUAUUCCCAAAGCCAAUUGAUAUAAAAGAUACAAAAUUAAAUAUGAUGUCAUUAUGGAUAAAGUCAAGAAUACAUUAUAAUAAUACUUUUUAUCCAUUACAGUUGUCUCCAUAUGAUAAUUAA